AUGACAUCUCAUUUAACACUGAAUUCUUCCACCGCCAUGUCCAGUCCAAUCCUCAUCUCCACACCAAAUUCUAAGCCCACGUCCAAUCUCCGCGUCCUCCCCUGCGAUCCAAAGUUAGAUGGUCCAGCUCUCCUUGCUCAACAUACUGCAGCUUUCAGUGACCCACGAGAACCAUUCGUCUUCGUUUUAUUCCCUGAAACUGAGGAGAAGGAAAAGGCAGUUAGGAGAUUGGUUAAUAAUUGGCUAGGGGAUGAGAAGGCGAGGUAUGUUAAGGUUGUCAAUGACGAAGGAACUCUCAUAAGUGCAGCGAAAUGGCUCAUAAAUACAGAACCUUUGAGCGAGGAACAGAAAAAAGAGCACAUUAGUGUGGAUUGGCACCCUGAUCAAGAUUCAAAUGAAUGGGCAGAGUAUCUUAUCAAUUGGAUUCAUCAACAUCAGAUCAGUCGAACAAAGGGUGAACCAUGCGUUAUCCUCGAUAUGAUAUCAACACACCCCUCAUACCAACGUCUUGGCGCCGGUACCCUCCUCAUGCAAUACGGUACCGCAAUAGCCGAUUCCCUCAAUUUACCGGCAUUUAUCGAGGGGACGGCCAUUGCGAAACAUUUGUAUGAGAGUCAUGGGUUUAGGGCUGUGCCGGAUAGGUAUAUUCAAGUUGAGGUACCGGGGAAGUGGAGGGGGAGGGAGGAUAGACCUGAGAUUGAGUAUUUCUUCUAUGAGAGACCAAGACGUGGGGGGAAGGUGUGA